AUGGGUCACGGCUCUCCCUUGGACUUCCCGCAGGUCUGGCAGAGACCCUCGUUCGAGGACCUCAUUGCGUGUCUCAGGAAGCUCCAGGUCGAGCCUCCCGUCUGGAACCCGAACACGCCCCGCCGGGUCAUCUUGGAGAACCAGUACAACGCGGCGCGCUCCCGCAAGGAGAUCGCCGCUUAUCUGGCGAGCGUCAUCAAGAGCGAUUUGCGAUGGAUCAAGGAUGACGAGCAGAAGGAGGCGCUGUGGGACGAGGCGAGCAGGCGGUUCUCAGAGCGGUGCGGCAGGGCGGGCAUGGGCGAGAUCACGCGCAGGUGGCCGUUCGCCAGCGAGGCCUACCUUUCCUUCGAGCUGAUAGUCCGGGAGCCCCCUAUCACGGGAGACGCCCUCGGCCACAAGACGUGGGGAUCGUCGUAUUUCCUUGCACAGCUUCUCGACCAGAUUGCGGCCAAGUCUCUCUCUCAUCUCUUGGCACCGGAGCUGGGUCCCCCCUCCAAUGUGUUGGAGUUGGGUUCAGGCACAGGCCUCUGCGGCAUGGCUGCGGCAGCGAUCUGGGGAACGCAUGUGUACCUGAGCGAUCUCCCCAACAUCGUGCCCAACCUUGCUCAUAACAUUGAAAAGAACCGAGAGACGAUCAAGACCCUUGGCGGCAAUGUAGAUGCUGGGUCCUUAACAUGGGGAGGCUCUGACGAGGACGACGAUGACGAGAUGUUUGCGCAGAAGAACCAGUUCAAGAUCGUCCUCAUCGCCGAUGCGCUCUACGACGAUGACCACCCUGCGCUGCUCGCGUCUGCCGUUCGCGACCACUUGAUGCACAGCGACGAUGCGCGGGUCGUGAUGAUGACCCCGUUCAGGGACGACAUCACGAGAAAGCUCUUCGCCCAGUUCAGGGAGACUCUGGCAAGUGGCGAGCGGCCCCUUGUGUGCCUGGAGGAGCAUUCCCUGACGGGUAUGGAUGACUGGGGCGAAGACGAGGAGCCCUCGGAGAUCGAGUGCUGGUGGGGUGUAUUUGGGAGUGCACCCAAAAAGUGA